AUGCUAAUCUUCGAUUGCUUUCAGCCUCCACCGAUGCCAAAGCGGGGCGCCAAUGGCGGUGAAGGGACCUCAUAUGAUAGCGAGGGGUCGGACCCGAAUUCGCCGGGAGAGGAGGACGGGUCGACGUCAAGCAAGAAACGGCGAGUCGUCUUCGACCCCAUCCACUUGCCUGGGAUACAUGGCGUGAACGAUAUUAACGUCGUGGUGGAACGUGCGCAGCUCACCAAGCUGGCCGAACGCCUAAUGCUGAAAAACCGGUUACUGGUCGAUGAACAGCGAAAAAAUGAGACCCUCCAUCUGCGACAAGACCGUGACGACGCAAUAAUGUGCACGUUGAACCGCUGCUGGAAUCAAUUGGAUGACGAGCUCCGUUCGUUGAUCGCGAGGUACGGCGAGGAUGAGCCGAAGAAGGAGGAGAUGGAUAUCGAGGAAGUGGAUGUCAGUCGUUACUUCCUGUCUGAACUCGUGGAGAAGGAUGGUGAGGAAGCAGACGCGCUGUGCGAUCGGAGAGUCAAUGCCACGCUGAAUUUGGUGCAGACCGUGAUGCAAAAGUUCCAGUCGUUAGCCGAUCAGUAUCAUUCGUUCUCGAAAAACUUGACACAAGCCUUCGGAAGCGAAGAGGAAAGGCGAAAGACCGCAGCCGUUUCGCUUGUUGAUGCGAUUAAAGGAGCGGAGGAGCUCUCGCGCUUGACAUCCAUGAAUGCGAAGCUGACGCGGGAGAUUGAUACUGUCGAGCAAAAGUCCAGGGAAAACGCGUUGGCCAUGCGGAAACUGCUAGACGAGGCAAAUCUGAAGGACACUAAAAUCCAAGAACUGCUGCAACAGCUAGAGGACAAGCAGUUCGAGCUGACGAAGGCCUGGACGCGAGAAGCCAAACUGGAGUAUCGGCUUGCUGCUGUUGUCAAGGAGGGCAAGUCGGCGUCCGCUUCUACACCGCUCGCAGAAAGUGCCAAGACCCCUCGCUCUGGUGAAGGCUUGCGCGACAUGGACGACGCGAGUGCUGAGUUGAUCAUCCAACGUGAACUGGCGGCAAAUCGGCUAGAGGAGAUCAAGGAGCUGAGUGAACGGGUCAGCAAGCUGGCCUCCGAGAAUGAGCAGCUGCAAGCGGCGAGCCUGACCGAAGUCGUUAACACUAACCUCAUAAUGGAGUCCAAGGAAUAUCAGCAACUAAAGGCGCACUAUUCCGUCCUCUACAGCCUCUAUGAGAAAAAUCUGCACGAUCUCGAUAUCAGCAACGAGUUGCGGGUUCUUAUGGAAAAGAACCAGACGCAGGCCGUCGUCGAAUCGGACAAGGAGGACAAAAAUGUGAUCUUUCGGUUGCGCCAGCAGAUCACUGCCCAAGAAAGCGAGCUGUGUCGAUGGCAAAACGAUUACGAAAUGCUGCGCUUGGACUUGGAGCAAAAGCUGGCCGAGAGGGAUUCGCAAACGCCAAGCCAGCAUGAUCUCAAAGUGUUGACAAAGUCGCUGCAGCGUCAAGUCCACAACUACAAGCAGGAGUCCGCAAAGUACAAAAAGAAGUGGAAGGAAGCGGUGGCCAACGUGCAAGACACUAUUCGGCAAUUGGAAGCCGAGAAAAAGUUCCAGGACCAAUGCGUGAUAAUUCGGAUCAACCGUGAGGAGGAUGGGUCGUUGCCACUGGAGGCGAUGCCCAUUCCGGAUGGUGUGCCUGAGCUCCAGGAGUAUGCUGACCGCCUGAGGGACGAGAUCUCAAAAGUCCAAUCCGAGAUCAAAGAUCUGAAGAAGGGCGGGUUAUACGAGGACGUCGACAAACUCGUGCCCACCCCCGGGAAUACCGAUGCGCUUCGGGAAUAUGUCAAUCGGCUACAACAAACGCUGGUAAAGCUGCGUGGUCAAUUCCUGAUGGAGAACGAAGACCGUGACAUGUACGCAGUCGUCCAAGACGAGUUCAAGCUACGUCUGGAGAAUCGGCGGCUCGUCGAAACGGUCCGCGCCAUUGCUUCUAAGGACUGGGAGGAAAAGACGAAAGUCUAUGCCGAGGACUAUGAGCGGAAGUUGACGGAUCUGGAGGCCCAGAAUGAACGUUUGAGGGCGGACUAUGAGCACGUAAAGGCUGAUGAGCAGACCUUGAUGGCCGACAUGGAUAACACGGGCGCGGCUCUCGAGGAUCUGCAGGAGCAAAAUAUGAGGCUCAUCCAGCAGAUGAAAGAGAAGGAGGAGCAAAACCUAAAAAUGCUCACCGACCGGAUCAUGGCCACCCAAGUAGAGACGAAACUCAGGGCCGAGCAGGUCUUGCUGGUCGAAAAGGAGAAAGCCCUGAGCAAUAUGGUGACCGCGCAAGCUCAGGAAGUCCAGAACCUGAAAAGCGCCAGCGGUCUUUGCCCCGAGAUAUUGCAGGCCAAGGAUGAGCAGUAUGAGAAAGUCCACCGCCAAUUCUUGCUGCUCCAGGCCAAGCACAUGGAUGCCGUCCAAAAGCUGAACGACGAGAAAACGCGUGUGCAAACCCUCAGUCUGCAGAUCAAGACCAACAUGAACCAGCUGCAGGCCAAGACCGGGGCUUACGAAAAGACGGCCCAGUCGGCGCGCCGGAUGCAGGAGGAGCUGGACGUGCUGAAGAAGCGGCUGGAGCGGGCCAAAAAGUACGAGCAGCACGACGGGAACCCGGAGGGCGUCUUACUCGAGGAGAUCCGGGAGAUGAAGGAGCAGCUGACGUGCCCGUCGUGCAAGACGAAUCCGAAGGAUGCGCUGCUGACCAAGUGCUUCCACGUGUUCUGUAUGAAGUGCAUCAAGACCCGGUACGAGACUCGCCGUCGGAAGUGCCCCAAAUGCAAUGCCGAUGCGACGGUCUACGUCGGCGGCUUGGACGAGAAGGUGACUGAUUCGAUAUUGUGGGAGCUGUUCGUGCAAGCUGGCCCUGUUGUUGCCGUAAAUAUGCCAAAGGAUCGUGUAACGGGAAAUCAUCAGGGAUUUGGCUUCGUCGAGUUCAUGGGCGAAGAGGAUGCCGACUAUGCGAUCAAAAUCCUCAACAUGAUCAAGCUCUACGGAAAGCCGAUCAAGGUCAACAAGGCUUCAGCUCACGAAAAGAAUAUGGAUGUGGGCGCCAACAUUUUCGUCGGAAAUUUGGAUCCUGAGGUCGACGAGAAGCUUCUUUUCGACACGUUCAGCGCCUUCGGUGUCAUCCUCCAAGUUCCGAAAAUUAUGCGAGAUGGCGAGUCUGGGAACAGCAAGGGCUUUGCGUUCGUCAAUUUUGCUUCCUUCGAAGCUUCCGACGCUGCUCUCGAGGCGAUGAACGGCCAAUUCUUGUGCAAUCGCUCGAUUACCGUUUCCUAUGCUUUCAAGAAGGACGCAAAGGGAGAGCGACACGGAACCGCCGCAGAACGUAUGCUGGCCCAACAGAAGCCAAUGUUCGUGUCCGACAGGCCGAACCAGAACUUUGCCGACGCGCCUGGACCAAAGCCGGGGCCGCCGAUGAUGGCCUUCCCUCCACUUGUUCCGCCUCCCCCGCCGCCUGGCUGGGGCGCGAUGCCACCGCCUCCACCGCACACACCUGGUGUCGGCCCGACGCCGCCUCCCCCGCCGCCCUCAAGAGGUAUGCCAAUGGGAAUGCCACCGAUGCCCCCGAUGCCGCCAGGACCGCCAAGGAUGCCGCCACCGCCGCCCGGUGGAUUCGGCUACACAGCGAUGCCAAACACGAUGGGUUCGUUUUUACGCGCUAGGGUUGAGGCU